AUGGCUUCCAGCAAUAAUGCUAUUGGUGUUGAUAACACAUUCAGAAAGAAAUUCGAUCGAGAAGAAUAUUUGGAACGCGCUCGCGAGCGUGAGAAACAGGAAGCAGAAGGACGAAGUAAAUCCCAAUCAAAAGGCCCUGCAGUGCAGAGGAAACCCCUGAAGCAUAGGGAUUAUGAAGUUGAUCUCGAGUCUCGUCUGGGUAAAACUCAGGUUGUUACUCCAGUGGCACCCUUAAGUCAGCAGGCCGGAUACUAUUGCUCAGUUUGCGAGUGUGUAGUAAAAGAUUCUGCAAACUACUUGGAUCACAUCAAUGGGAAGAAACAUCAAAGAGCUUUAGGUAUGUCCAUGCGAGUGGAACGGGCAUCCCUUAAACAGGUUCAGGAGCGGUUUGAACAAUUGAAAAAGCGAAAACCUCCUGGCAGCUUCUCCGAGCAAGAUCUGGAUGAGCGGAUCAUUAAACAGCAGGAAGAAGAAGAAGAGCGAAAGCGCCAACGAAGGGAAAGAAAGAAAGAGAAGAAGAAGGCUGCAGAAGAGGAACCUGAAAUUGAUCCCGACGUGGCAGCUAUGAUGGGUUUUGGCGGUUUCGGAUCAUCUAAAAAAUGAUCACGUUUGUUUAUGUAACAUUACAUUGUACU